UUUUGUGUCAAAGCCUAGAGGUGCCACAUCAGUAGUACACAAAACCUCCAAAAUCUUUGUUUUAAUAAUACAAACCAUAUAAUAGUAUACAAGUUCUUAUAUCCUCCAUAUAUCAGGCCUUGCAUGGUCUCUAUCUAGCUAAACAGUAGUUCAAGGGUUAUUAUUAUAAAAUUUACGUGGAGAUCAGAACUGCAUGCAUAUAUGAAGUGGUGGGAAAUGAUGAGCUCAAAGAUGGAGAAACAGAGCAAGAAUCUGGGCGAGAGAGCGAAGAGGAUGCCGGGGUUAACGUGGGAGAGGUUUGUGAGUGUGGGACGGGAAGAUCCUCGGAGAUUAAUCCACGCAGUUAAAGUGGGGUUGUCAUUAACGUUGGUGUCUUUGCUGUAUCUGUUAGAGCCAUUGUUCAAGGAAGUUGGCCAGAACGCCAUUUGGGCUGUCAUGACCGUUGUUGUCGUCCUAGAAUUCACUGCUGGGGCAACAUUGUACAAAGGAUUGAAUAGAGGACUGGGAACGUUGAUGGCCGGCUUGCUAGCCUUCUUCAUCGAGUAUAUUACCACCGAAUGUGAUGGGAUUUUUCGGGCUAUCUUUAUUGGUUCUGUAGUUUUCAUUCUUGGAGCAAUAACAACAUACAUGAGAUUUUUUCCGUACAUAAGGAAGCAUUACGACUAUGGUUUGGUGAUAUUCAUGUUGACUUUCAACUUGAUCACGGUUUCGAGUUAUCGGGUGGAGCACAUACUCAAAAUGGCGCAACAACGGGUCUACACUAUAGCCAUUGGGUGCGCAAUCUGUUUGCUAAUGAGUUUAUUGUUCUUUCCAAAUUGGUCUGGAGAAGACCUCCAUCAUUCCACUGUUAGCAAGUUUGAUGGCCUCGCCAAAUCCAUUGAAGAUUGUGUUAAAGGGUAUUUUAGCGACGGAGAGCUUGAAAUAGGCAAAACAGAAGCACCGGACUCGGAGGACCCAAUCGGCAAGAGCUACAAGGCUGUUUUGGAUUCAAAGUCCAUAGACGAGAACCUUGCGUUGUAUGCAAGUUGGGAGCCCAGGCAUACCUUACACUGUCACAAGUUUCCAUGGCAACGGUAUGUUAAAUUAGGAGCCGUUCUUCGCCAUUUUGGGUAUACCGUCGUGGCUCUUCAUGGUUGUGUACAAACUGAAAUUCAGACUCCUCAAUCUCUUCGCGGUCUCUUCAAAGACCCGUGCAUUCGCCUCGCUGGAGAAGUAUCAAAAGCUUUGAGGGAACUCGGCGACAGCAUUCGCCACCGUCGGCAAUGCUCGCCAGAAAUCCUUUCCGAUCACCUCCACAAAGCCCUCCAAGACCUCAACUCAGCCAUAAAGUCCCAACCAAGGCUUUUCCUUGGCGGUCGGAGCGGCACCUCCAACAUGCUGGCCAUGGCUGCGGCUGCAGCGAGGGAGCAACACAAGUUGUCGCUUUCCAGCGUGAAGACGGACACAUCAGCACUAAUGGAGUGGAAGUCAAGAAAGGGAAGUUCAAGGGGGAGAGAAGAGGAGAGGAAGACAUUAAGGCCUACGCUGAGCAAGAUAGCAAUCACUUCCUUGAACUUCUCGGAGGCGCUGCCGUUCGCAGCGUUUGCGUCGUUGUUGGUGGAGCUUGUGGCGAGGCUGGAGAGUGUGAUCGAGGAUGUGGAGGAGUUGGGGAAGAUAGCGCAUUUCAAGGAGUUUGAUGGCUGUGAUGGGGUGAUCAUGAUUAAUAAUAAUGAUGAUGAUGCAAGGAAAAAACCCAAGAAAAAGGCAAUGGAGGGUAUUGAUAACCCUUUGCAAAACCAGUUACCCUCUCAGGCAAUGUAGCCUGCACACACACACACACACACACACACACACACACACACAUAUAUAUAUAUGUGUGUGUGUGCGCUUAUAUCCUCGCUUCUUUGUAGUAUACUGUCAAUAAUCAAUACUAGUAUGAUAUUAUUGUUUAUUGUUAUAAAUGUCAUAUUGCAAUAAUUUUUCCAGAAUCCUCCCAGAAUGAUACUUCCUUAUUAAAUAAAAAACCUUUUAUGUACUUGUAAAUUCUUAGACUUGCUUUUAUACAGUAAUUAUGCGAUUGGGCUCG